AUGUAUGUUUACCCCCCACCUCAAGUAAUCCCUUACAAGCUAGGGACUGCAAAGGUAGAAGUUGUGGAACAAGGUUUAUUGGACAAAGAUAUGGUGUUAUCAGUGUUGAAGAUCAACUUGGAAGUAGCACAUAAUCGAAUGAAGCAAUAUAGUGACAGAAAGAGAAUUGAAAUGCAUUUGGAGGUUGGAGAGUUGGUCUACUUGAAAUUGGUGCCAUAUCAGUUACAAGCUCUAGCUCCACAUAGCUACCAUAAGCUACAACUAAGGUACUAUAGCUUUUAUGAAAUCGUGGAGAAGGUUGGAAUGGUGGUUUACAAGCUAAAACUCCCUGCAAAAACCAAGAUUCAUCUUAUCUUCCAUGUGAGCUGCCUCAAGAGACAACUAGGUUAUGCAAUCACUCCACAAUAUGUGUUGCCUCAAGUCAUAGAAGAUGGGUUGGCUCAUAACAUUCCUCAAGCAAUUCUUGCUAGAAGGAUGUACAAAAAGGGUAGUGUUGCUGGUGUACAAGUGCUGGUGCAAUGGAAUGACCAAGAGGAAGCUAAUGCAACUUGGGAGGAUUUCGAUGAGCUCAAGAAUAAGUUUCCAGAUUUUCCACUUUGA